UUUCAGAAGCGGAGAGAGAGGAUCAUAGAGGAAAAAGCUCUCUGGCUACGACUUUUGUCGAAUUCACAUACCAACAUCUAAACCGAACCGGGGUCAGUGGACAAACGCUAAAAAAUAAAUAAAAACAACUGGAAAAUUGUAGGAUUAAAUGAUUUUAUGGAUUAAUUUGAACCUUUUCUUUCGUCGAAAGAAAACAUUCUCAACUUGACUUCAUAGAUUCGCUACGCUGGUCACUCAAGAGGAGUCCAGAGGAAAGAGAUGAAGACUCCGGAGGAGCCGCCCUACCUGACAGUGGGCACUGAUGUCAGCGCCAAGUACAGAGGUGCUUUCUGUGAGGCCAAGAUUAAGACUGCCAAGAGACUGGUCAAGGCCAAGGUGACCUUUAAACCAGACCUGACCACAGCAGAGGUCCAUGAUGACAGCAUCCAAGGCCCUCUGAAGGUUGGUGCUGUAGUAGAGGUGAAGAACCCUGAUGGUGUGUACCAGGAAGCUUCCAUCAACAAGCUGACUGAUUGCAGUAUAUACACUGUUGUGUUCGAUGAUGGUGACGAGAAGACACUGAGGCGUUCCUCUCUCUGCCUGAAGGGAGCACGUCACUUUGCAGAGAGCGAGACUCUAGAUCGCCUCCCUCUCACCAACCCUGAGCACUUCGGCACUCCUGUCAUCGGCAAGAAGGGGAACCGGGGACGCAGGUCCAAUCCAGUUCAAGAGGAAGAGUCCUCUUCAUCGUCGAGUGAAGAGGAGGACAGUGACGGGAGACAGAACGAAGACCUGUAUGGGAAGGUGGUGUGUGUUGAGGUGGGCCCUGCCUCUACUGCAGACAGGAAGACCAAGACAACAGCAUGGUACCCUGCCCUGGUCAUCACCCCAGACUGCCAUGAAGAGGCCACCAUAAAGAAAGACACCGUCUUCGUUCGUUCCUUCAAGGAUGGCAAAUUCAACACAGUGCUGAGGAAGGACGUAACGGUGAUGGACACAGACUCUCCACCUAAAGCUGACGCAGGGCUCAAGCCAGUGCUGGAUGCGGCUGUGGAGUUUGUGCAUCAGGCGGUGGUGCCCGGCUCCUGGAGGACUGAGGUGAAAGACGAGAGUUCCACAAGUGAGGAAGAUGAGGAGGAGGAAGAGCAGGAGGAAGAGGCCAGCGAAGAGGAGGAUGAGGAGGAAGUGGAGCCGUUCCCCGAGGAGAGAGACAACUUCCUGCAGCAGCUGUACAAGUUCAUGGAGGACAGAGGAACCCCCAUCAACAAGAAGCCCGUGCUGGGCUACAGGAACUUGGACCUCUUUAAGCUCUACAGACUGGUGCACCAACUGGGAGGCUUCCAUGAUAUUGAGAGUGGAUCCGUAUGGAAGACUGUCUACCAGGCUCUGGGAAUCCCUGUCCUCAACUCUGCCGCCGGCUACAACGUCAAAUGUGCUUACCGCAAGUACCUGUAUGGGUUUGAGGAGUACUGCACCUCCUGCGCCAUCACUUUCCGCAUGGACCUUCCACUGAAGCAGCCCAAGGCAGAGGGGGGCAAGGCUGAGGGGGAGACGGGGGAGGCAGGGGGAGACAGUUCUGUCCCCCCUGUAGCCUCUUCAAGCUCAGCAGAGGAGCAGAAACGGAAAGCCUGCUACUCUGAGAGAGAGAACCUGUGCUGCUCAGAGACCAGCAGCACUCAGCCCAUCGUCUGCAAGGAGGAGACUGAACUCACCCGGAACAAACCAGAGCUGGAACCUCUGAAGGCUGAGCAGCAGAAGGCUGAGAGAGAAGGUGGUGAUGAUGAUGAUGAGGAAGGAAACGACCAUCACAAGCACGGCUCUGAUAAUGAAGACGGCCCUUCAUUUGCUCGCCUCAGAGAGGAGGGAGUGAAGCUGGAGCCCUACGAUGAGGAGCAGGAGGCUGGGAAGGAGGAGGACAUUUCUGGCUCUGGGGAUGAGAGCUGCAGUCAGGAGGGCGAUGGUGGUGAUGAGGAUCUGGGGGAGGAAGGGGAGGAGUUUGAGUGUUACCCCCCGGGGAUGAAGGUGCAGGUGAGGUAUGGGCGCGGUCGCAGCCUGAAGACGUACCAGGCCACUGUGAAAGAGGCUGACGUGGAGGGGGGAGAGGUGCUCUACCUGGUUCACUACUGUGGCUGGAACGUCAGAUAUGAUGAGUGGGUCAAAGCUGACAAGAUUGUCCGUCCGGCCAAUAAGAAUGUUCAGAAGAUCAAGCACCGUAAGAAAAUAAAGAACAAAGCGGAGAGAGAGCGCAACCGCCUGGAGCAACUGAACGAGGACCUGGGGAGUCCGUCCCCCAACAGACUACGUGUCCCCCGCCCCUCCUCCAAAUCCCUCGGCCCCUGCUCUGCCCAUGAGCGCCAUGUCUUCUCCAAGAUGGAGGACGGUGAGAACCAAAGGACUCUGACUCUGCAGUCUCCAGUCAAGUCUAUUGAAAUCACUUCUAUCCUCAAUGGCCUGCAAGCCUCAGAGAGUUCAACAGACGAGUCUGAUCAGGAUGGUGGGCGUGAGGACGACGAUGACCAUCCAGGUUCAGGGGGUCGCGGCAGUCUCCGAAAGGGGGGUCCCCCCAAACCCCUUCACGCCUUAGACUGCUGGGAGGGUACCGCCUCUACCGAUGUCCCCAAACCACCAUUUCUCACAGGGAAGAGCCAACAACCAAUCAGCGUCGAGACCCCGGAGGCUGGGAAGCGGCGUAGCCAACUAGAGUUUGAGGCUGAGAGGGAGGGGCCAGGUAGCUCCGCCUGCAGGAAGAGGAAGUCAGAAGGAGUGGCAGGGGAGCAACAGACCUCUAAAGGACCCCCGUCCAAAACCAAGCUCCCAACCAGGAGCACCAGGAGCGCAGACUGGCUGCCGGGAGGCUCCAACAGGAGGGCCCAGGAAAGAGCAGGAGGUCUUGGGGAAGACAGAGGAGGAGCGGGAGGUUCCUCUAGCAGCAGCUCAGAUGAUGGAGGUGCACCUCCCACUGAGCCCCACCAAGCCGAUGGAGACCGACCCAGCUCACGUCCCAAACCUUCCCCCUCUAAGAAGUACAACGGCAUGAAGGACAAGAGUGGCACCGGGGGUGGAGGCGGCGCCCGCCCUGCGGGAUUCUGGGAGAUCCCUGAGAAGAGGGCUAAGAUGGCAUCCAGCGGCGUGGAGGAGAGGGAGAGAGAGAGAGCGAGACCGGCGGGUGGCAGUCGUACCAAGGGCCAGAAGGAUGUGUGGUCCAGUAUUCAGGCCCAGUGGCCCAAGAAGACCCUGAAGGAGCUGUUCUCUGACUCCGACACAGAGGCUGCUAACUCCCCUCCUCCGCCUGGACCGGCCCAGUCCUCAUCAUCAUGCCACGAGGAGAGGGAGAGCAGGGGGGAGCGGGAUGGGGACGCGGCAGGAGUUGGAGGCCCGGAGAGGGAAGGCAGGGGGGAACGGGACAGGGAGGGAGACGAGGCAGGAGGAAGAGGCCCGGAGAGGGAGAUUAGAGGGGAGCGGGGCGGGGAGGGAGACGAGGCAGAAGGAGUCCCGGAGAGGGAGGACCAUGACCUCUCAGAGGAGAACCAGGGGCAGGAGAAGAGGAGGAGUGAGCAGGAGUUCCCCUCCAGUGGAUCUAACUCAGUUCUCAACACCCCUCCCACCACCCCAGAGUCCCCAUCCAUGGGACAUAGCAGUAGUGGGGCCAUGGCGCAAGGGGCUGGAACUGGCUCUAACCGGACUCAGCCCUCCUGUCCUCCCCUGUCUGUAAACCCUGCUCUGGGUACAACGCCCUCCUCUGACCCCUUGGCUCCGGGGCACCCCAACACCCUGGUAGAGGAAGGUGGUUGUGGUCGCAGUGAGACAGACAGCAGUACAGUGGAGGUGGAAAGUCUAGGAGGGGAGCUGCAGGACCAGGACUUACCCCCAGGUAAGUGUUGACAAGCCAAAUGGUUGCUGGCAUCAGUGUCCUAGAUACCGUCACCAGCCGUUGUGCCCUUGAGCAAGACGCUUAACCUGCUCACAGGGCACUACACUAGUAGCUG